GGCGGAAGCCGCAGCCUGGCGGCCCGAGCGAGGCGGAGGUGGGUCACGGCGCCGGGGCUACGGGAUAUACAUCAGAAGAAACCAAAAGCCAUCUGGAAUAGUUCCUGGAUGAGAUUUUAUUCCUGUUUGCAGUUGUUUUGAGGGGGGAUACCCUCUGAAUCAGAAUUAAAAUGCUCUGGUUUCAAGGAAAGAGCCUGCAGAUUGCCAAAUCCUCCUUUGGACUCUUGAGAAAUCUCUCUGCCUCUAAAACAGCUCUGCCUGUGCUGACCUUAUUCACAAAGGACCCAUGCCCGCUGUGUGAUGAAGCUAAAGAAGUACUCCAGCCUUAUAAAGACAGGUUUAUUUUACAGGAGGUGGACAUCACACUUCCAGAAAACUCUACUUGGUAUGAACGGUAUAAAUUUGACAUUCCCGUCUUCCAUUUGAAUGGCCAGUUUCUGAUGAUGCAUCGAGUAAAUACCUCAAAGCUUGAAAAACAGCUUCUGAGACUUGAGCAGCAGGUGCUGGCCGCAAACUGAUAUUUUCUCACUGAUGCGGGUACCCAGAUGAGGAGUUUACUUCUAGGCAUCUUGGGAACUAAGAAGGAUACGUUACAGAGCGCCGAGAGCUGUAGGGACGAAGGGGUCUAUUUGUUGAGUUUAUUUUUCCCCUUUGUGACCGUGGAUGUACUUCUCAUGCACUGGACAGUGUCCUGAUGGGAAGCAGGCUCUGCAGUCCUGCUGCCAAGCAGCCCUGGAACCUAACUUUAGCAGACUAAAUGCUCUUACACUCAUUAAA